CUCCGGCUGCGGUGAGGUUCUUAACGAGACCCCAGCCGGGAGAGACCAUCCCGCCCCGCCGGGACACUGAACCGCGGUACGGGCGGCUGCAGCCCCGGGGAGGCCGCUGCCCGGCAAGGGGGAUCGCUGCGGGCAGAGGCCGUCCCGGCGGGGCAGCGCUGCCGGCACCUCAGGAGAGGAGGACGAGACGCAGAGCGGCAACACCGGGGAAGCUGCACGGGCGGGGCGAGGCGGCCGCCGCGGGGGGAAGCAGCUCGAACGUGGAGCGGGAGAGCCCGAGCUGCCGCGCUGAUGUUUCGCAGUUGAGGUAAUGGCAGAAGCCGGUCUGUGGGGCACGGCCGGAGGUCCGGAGCACCACGGUCUGCCGUGAUCUGCGCCGCGAUGGGGAACAGCGGCUCGGCCGUGAAGGUCUGCACGGAUCACCAAGGCGGCAUCAACUGGCUGAGCCUGAGCCCCGACGGGCAGCGGCUGCUCACGGGCAGCGAGGACGGCACGGCGCGGCUCUGGAGCACCGCCGACAGCCAGUGCCACGGCCACUUCCAAGCAGCGCUAAGCAGGAGCUGUUUCAACCCAGAAGAGGUUACCAGCGCUACUGAAUGCACGGAUCCUUUUAUCUCAGGCUACAUCACCUUCUGCCACUUGGAGAACGAGGCUGCCUUCACGUGCAGUGCUGACCACACCAUUCGCAAGUGGGACGUGGUGACCGGGCAGUGCUUGGCCAUUUACCGAGGCCACACUUCAAUUGUCAACAGAAUCCUGGUUGCUAAAGACUAUCUCUUCAGUGGCUCCUAUGACAGGACAGCCCGCUGCUGGAGCGUGGACAAGGAGAAACAAAUCCAGGAAUUCCGGGGCCACCGGAACUGUGUGCUGACCCUAGCUCACUAUUCCUCCAGGGAUGUGCUGGAAGAAGAGGAGGAGGAAGAGGAGGAGGAGGAGAAAGUGAGCAGGGACCUGCUGGUGACAGGGAGCACGGACUGCACUGUGAAGGUCUGGUGGGUGUCCAGCGGGCGCUGCUACCAGACCCUGCUGGGACACACUGGGGCCGUCUUAUGCCUUAUACUUGAUGCACCAAACAGGGAGCUGUUCUCUGGCAGCACGGAUUACACCAUCAGGACCUGGAAUAUUGUCACUGGAGAGCAGCUGAAAGUCUUCAAAGAGCACCAAGGAUCAGUAAUUUGCCUAGAGCUGGUGAAUCGUCACCUGUACUCGGGGAGUGCGGACAGGACGGUGAAGUGCUGGUUUGUGGACACUGGGGAGCGGAUCCAGACCUACAAGGCUCACAAGCACAGCGUUAGCACUUUGAAAUACCAUGCUGGCAUCUUGUUCACAGGAAGUGGUGAUGCCUGUGCAAGAGCUUUCAAUUCCAGGAGUGGAGUACUGGAGAAGAUUUUCCGAGGACACAAGUUCAUCAUCAACUGUAUCCAGAUCCACAACGAGCUGCUGUACACAGCUUCCCACGACGGCACUCUGCGGGUCUGGGACAUCCGGGGCAUAUGCAAGAGGAACAAGCGGCGCUGGAAGAAGGAGAGGUCUGUGCAGGGCAGGAGCUCCCAGAAGGGGAGUCUGGCUCGUCUCUUCAACAAUAAAGUUGGCUGUAUGAUACAGCAGGAGAAUGGGGAACACGAGGCUGUUGAACUGAUGUGACUGUCCAGAGCAGGCUUUAUGUCAGAGACCAAAGCUGAACCUUUUAUUUUCUGCACCACUGUGUCCAUGUAAACCAGAACUUGGAAAGAGAUGGGAAGUGGCUUCGGCUGAACCUCUGUGUGAGGAGCCAGGAUUCUCUGUGACUGCCAGAUGGACUCAGGUCAGAUCCUGUGGCUGUGAUGAUUCAGCUGAGCAGCUCUGGGGUCAGCAGGGGAGGCAGCGUGGUUCAGGUGAGGUACCACUGUGUGAGUGCAAUUAGGAACUUUUCUUACCACUCUGGCAUCAGUUCCCUAGGCACAGAGGUGUUUCACCUCUGGCUGCCCAGUGUCUAAUGAGAUGUUUUCCCAUUCCUGUUGCCCCAUGACCCCUGUCCAGUCCAGGGUGGCAGUGAAAGGUGUCCUGCAGUGAAAGGUGGCCUUGAAUUCCAUCUCUACAGCUGACCUUCAGGUCAGUCAUUGGCUGACAAGGCCAAUGCAGGAGGGUUUGGCUCUGCAGCAGGACUUUAAAGCAGACUGGACAUCUCUGGAAAGCUGGGAGUAGUAGUACAGAAAUUAAUUUAAUUGGUUUUUUUAACAAAACAUAAGCCACAGAGCAAGCUAAACCCCAGCCCUUUUGUGCCAAGGUCACCUGUUUGCUGACCUUGUGUUGUCUUUCCUCCUCCCAAAGCUGUGUCUUCCUAGGUUGCCAGUAGCAUUGGAUAAGUAGUCAAACUCAAGAGUUUUCCCAGUCUUUUUCCAGGUUCAUCCUUCUCUGAUAACCACUGAGCCAUGAAUUAACAAGGGUUCUUAUAUUUUUCUAUUUGCAGAUAUAACUCUUUGUAGAACUAGUACAAAAAUAUCUAACCACAUGUUUUUAUUUUUAUGGCUUUAUUUAUUCUGUACUACAGCAAGAUAAAAAUGCUGUAAUCCUUUUUUUUUAAAUGGAUUAAUAAACAUGUGGCAUCUCCAGACAACUGACUGUCUAGUUUUUAUUUUUGUCUGAUAUAUUGGGGGGUGUGGCCUGGCUGCAGAAGCACAGAAGUUAAGAAUGGAUGGAACGGGGGGAAAAAUCCCCACAUACACUUUUGGAAACAUUUCUUGCCUUUCCCUCAAUGCUGGGGUUAGAGUUGGGUGUGUAUGAAGCUGUCCUGCCUCCCACCAGGCACCAAAGUGCCAAAGCUCAGUUCCCCUAUCAGGGGAAGGGGGACCAGACACAAAAGCACAGACUUAAGGGACAGCAGGGAUGACAAAGAGCUACAAGCCCUGACUCAGCACUGCCCU